AUGCCUCCGCGUCGCAAGUCGGAGUGUUUGUCGUCGUACGCCGUUGAUACGACACCUUCCUUUCAAGAUGAAAAAUUUAUAGAGCAACUGCUGCAUUUUGUUGGGGCAAAUGACGAAGUAUCCCUCCUAACGAUGACUGCGGUUGCACUCGGUGCCGAAUGCUACCAGGUGGACCUCGGUCAGCAGAUAGUUGUGGACGCCCGUCUGGAUUUCAUCAAUUUCUGCGCGAAGCAGGGUUAUUGUGCGGCAAAAGUAGUCCAUCUGUUAAAAUGGUUGUGUACUUUUCAAGAGAGGGUAGAGGAUGGUUGUAACACGCAAGAAAUGCAGGAAGAAGUGAUCGCCUUUGUUACCUCUGAAGUGGAGGAAGAGUGGAAGUGGAAGCGGGCUUUACAGGCUGAGGAGGCCUUAUGGGAAGUUCAGUCUUCUUCCAAAACAUCAGCACGAAGGGGCCAUCGGGCAGCAGAGAAGGUGGUGGAGGAAACAGAAGCCGUUUCCACCGUUCCCAAAGAAAAUAUUUAUCUUCAAAGGGAGGAUAUCGGUCCUUUUAGUACGUGGCUUAUUCAAGGGAUCGUUCAGCACGCCUCGCUGUACCACUACGUCGCCACUCAUGCUCGAAUGGUUGGGGAACCCGAGGAGUUCAAUUAUUUUCUGGAGGUCCCCGUGUCGGCCCCUCCCCUUCGAAAUGCCUUGGCACCUGAGAGUGUUCCGCAAGAACCGCCACUCGCCAAAGCGCAGCAGGAUGUGGAGGAGCAGCGGGCAUCUGAGUUGGAAACGUAUAAGAAGGAGUAUGAGGAGGCGAUGGCUUUAGAGCAGUUGCGAUUACAGACUAUUCAGAACGAAAGAGACAUGAAAGUUUUCAUUGAGAACGAGGGCUCAAUGAGGGCUGUGGAGGAUACAUAUGAGAGUCUUCAGGUGGACUUAUCAAAGCGACAGAGACAAAUCUUAGAGCGCAUUACUGCAGCGGAGAAAGCCUUGGGUAUUUUCCCGUUUGUGCAACCACAGUGA